GUUUGAUGGGGAGAAGUCGGAUAACAUUCAAUUCCUUCGUGAGUCCACAGCGGCUGUGUGGCAGCCCUCUCACUUCACAAUUCUCCUACGGACAACCAAGACCUUUGAAACUCCAAAGAAAGGCAUCUCAAGUUGAGAUUCUCAGUGCAACCAUGCAUAUGAACUGGUUACUGCUAUUGGUCAGUAUUGUUCUUAUUAGUGGUGAAGCUGCUGCUACUGAUGUACUCAGGAAAGAAGAGCAAAGCAAGCUACUGCAUGCCAACACGGUGGUGAAGACAACAAGGGUCUUGACGUCCGAUGAGGAAGCGAGGGAUAUUAACACUGGUUUCUCCACUGAUGACGAAGAGAAGACUAACGUGAAGGGAUUAUCGAAAUUGGCCGACUUGGAUAAGGCAACUUGGAAAUUACGCAAGAUGGACAUGAAGUUGUCAAAUAAAGUAUGGAUCCGCGGCGGUAAAGACCCUGAUGACAUGCUUAAGUAUUUCCGCCUUGGUCUUGCAGGAGCGAAGAUUGAUGAGAAUAAGAAAGUGAUCCAGUGGUUUCGAUUCGUGAAAGAUUACCGCAACGCGAAGGGGCAGCAUUGGUUUCCAGAUUAUACAAUUUACGAGGUGCUGGCAACAAAAACGCGGGCGUCGGAGUCUAAGCUAGCAGAGCUCUUUGCAGCCCUCACUCACAUCCCUGACGUUAAAAAUCUGGCGGGGAUCAUGCAGAACUAUCAAUUCAGGCUGUGGGUCAGCCGAAAGGAAACACCAACAACCGUUGCAGCCAAGUUUGGCAUUCCAUUCCGUGCACCCGUUGGAACCGAGAGAGACUCAAGAAUUGACAUUCUCGAUGCCUUUACCAAGGUGUUUAAUGCUGUAGAUAGCAAGUAGCUGGGAGAAAGUAUGAGAUAGCUGCAGGCACUUGCGUUACAAAGAGCAGUAACCACAUCAGAUUUGGUUAAUGCAGCAAAUUUCUAAAAAAAAUGGGCUUACUGAGUACUAGAACCUUGUGGCACCAAAUAGUAACCAUUCGAAGCAUUUAAUAUGCAGCUUCGUGAGAGAUGUUCUUUGCCAUGCCCAUUUGUUCUUUCGUAAGCUGG